GCACAGCUGGACCUGCCCACUGCACACACAGGACUCCGAGGCUGCUCUGGCCUUGAAAUAAUCCUUCAAAGGGUUUUUCUCCUUCCUUGAUGGAAAGAAAACCUACUGAAAUAAAACCCAUUUCCCAUCAGGUUUUUCCCUGCUAAUGCCAUUCCAGUAGAGACCAAGUGUUGAUACAUAGAGGGGGAAGGAAAACGUCAUUAGCUGAGCCUGGUCACAUUGCCCCUUGUGAUAUAGUUUUAUUUUUAACUUUGAAACACUUGAACUAUUUCUGUUUAAGUUUUCUCCCCUUCCCUGCCUUCCCAGCAGAACUCUGUCCUCUGCUGCUGCUGAUACACCCAGGCACCUCCCUGCGAUCUGCUUGCUCACCAUCAAGGGACACAGGAGCAGCAGAUGCUGACUCAGCCUGCGCUGCUAAGGAGCUGAGCUCAACUUGAUUACACUAAAAGCUGGCAAAUAUGAAGCUGACGUUGGUGCUGGGAGUUUUUUUCACAUACUCCUGUUCUACUUGUGGUCUACCUCUUCUUUCCCACCUGAAAGCCCAAAGGAGCCUCUGAAUUUUCCAGAUUCCUUCUUUUAUUCACAAAUUGCUUUUCUGCAUAGAAAACAGAUGGUCACAUUCCCUAGCCAGGUCUCAGGCCUGCCUGCCUUGCACUCUGUGCUUAACACUUUCCCCUCGCUCUGAGCAAACACCACAUUUCAAAUGACUCAGGGUCCCACAUUUGCUCUGGCAAAAGCUCUUUGGGGAUCUCCCAUAAGCAGUGGCAGUGUAGUUGUUGUUCCUAAUUUUGCAGUAGCAUUUGAGGCAUCCCCACCCCUUCCUUUAUGUCUGUGACAAUAUAGUUCUGAAUUGCUGAGCUCUCUGCUCUCUUCUCUGGCUCUACUUCUUCCUAAUGUGCCCCAAAGUGGUUCCAUGUGGCCAUGUACAUCAUGGCUCAUGUGUCUAUUCUGGUGUUUCUCUUCCUUAGGCAGUGCUUCCCCUCUCGAUUUUAAGUGGAUAAGUUCUCAAAUCUGCAUCACUACAUUCCAGUCCUUCAUCAUCCCAUCCACAUGAUCUAGCAUCAUCUCAAGCAACUUGUAUUAAAGUUACUGGAUCCAUCUUUCCUCCAAAGAUGGUUCUCUUAAACCCUAUUUUUCUCAAAAUUAUAGCCAAUAUUCUCUUUCUGGUUCAAAAACUUGGUGUCAACUUUGACUCUUCUUUCCUUAUCUCUAGCCUGGAACAAAAAUAUGAUUCUCCCUUUGUAAUAUUUCCUGUCUGCCUGUUUUCAAUCUCACCCAUAAAAGCUUCCAUCACAUUCUCUAAGUAGUACUUUCAAACUGCAGGUCCUCCUACUUCACUCAUCCCUCCGCUGCUCUUAAUCAACACCAAAUUAUUUUAGGCUCCCUAUUGAGCAUCAACUCCCUUAAACUUUUAAAUAUAUUUUAAAAUUUUCAAAAAAAAUAUUGGAAGAAAACUCACCCACAAUGAAUUGACAAGAUAAGCACUGUUCUGAGUUUCGAGCAUUUUUAGCUACGGUGCUAUAAGAGUUAAGAAGCAAGAAGAAAUUGGGAAGCUAUGGGCAGGGUACACAGGCCCCCACCUGGGCCACACAGGCAUUGUGAGGGAUGUAUCAACCGCCACUGCCACGUUCCUGUGGAGCCCAACGUCUCCUGCCUGGUGAUAAACUGCCACCUGCUCUGUGGUGCUACCUUCCACAUGUGCAAAGAGGCAGAGCACAAGCUCCUCUGUCCCUUAGAGCAGGUUCCAUGCCUCAACUCUGAAUAUGGCUGCCCCCUUUUAAUGUCCCGCCACAAGCUGGCCAAGCACCUGCAGGCAUGCCCUGCCAGCGUGGUCUGCUGCUCCAUGGAAUGGAACCGCUGGCCAAAUGUGGACUCAGAAACAGUCCUUCAUGAGAAUAUCAUGAAAGAGACCCCCAGUGAGGAGUGUUUGGACACAGCCCUGGCCCUCCAGGAUCAGAAGAUUCUCUUCAGAUCCUUGAACAUGGUAGAGCUUUUCCCAGAAACUAGAGAUGCCACGGAGGAGGAGCCAACUAAGAAUGGUGACGCCAGCUGGGAGGAAAUGGGAGGCGCAGUGGGAGGAGCGGAUGCCAGUUUGGUACCACACAACUGUUUGUCAGCAGCUAACGGGGAGAUGAAAGAGUUGAGUCAAGAAGAACGAGAGGCAUUAGCCAAAACCAAAGAAGGGAUGGACCUGGCCAACUUCAGCAAGUGGGAAAACAUGUUCAGCAAAGAACACACAGCCUCUGCUUUAACAAGUUCAUCAGCAAAUUGUGAGAGCAAGAGCGGGGAGGGUGCAGGGACAGAACAGAGUUCCAGUGGCAAUGACAUGGUAGAUGGAGAGGCUGCUGCCAAAGGCAAAGAACCACAGCAAGACCAGAAGCAGCAGAACUUUCCUGCAGUAAUGGAAAAGACAGGGCUUGCUCCCUGGCAGGAUGGUGUUCUGGAAAGACUGAAAACCGCUGUGGAUGCAAAGGACUAUAAUAUGUACCUAGUGCACAAUGGGCGGAUGCUCAUUCACUUUGGUCAGAUGCCUGCUUGCACACCCAAGGAGAGAGACUUUGUUUAUGGCAACCUUGAGGCUCAAGAAGUUAAGACCGUUUACACCUUCAAAGUUCCUGUGAGCUACUGUGGGAAGCGGGCACGAAUUGGGGAUGCCAUGUUGAGUUGCAGGCCAAGUGAACACAAGGCCGUAGAUACUUCCGAUUUGGGAAUCACUGUGGAGGACCUGCCAAAAUCAGAUCUCAUUAAAACCACCCUCCAGUGUGCUUUGGAAAGAGAACUCAAGGGUCACGUCAUCUCUGAAUCCAGGAGCAUUGAUGGGCUGUUCAUGGAUUUUGCCACACAAACGUACAACUUUGAGCCAGGACCAUUUUCCUCAGGGACAGUGCUGGCUGAUCUCCUGACUACUGCGAACCCAGAGGGACUUCAUGUGGAGCUCCACAGUGAGUGUGUGACCAGGAGACACAACAAGAGUAGCUCAGCCUUUACUUUCACCUGCAACAAAUUCUUCAGGAGGGAUGAAUUCCCCCUGCACUUUAAGAAUGUCCACACAGACAUUCAGUCAUGUCUCAAUGGCUGGUUCCAGCAUCGAUGCCCCCUUGCCUACCUGGGCUGUACGUUUGUUCAAAACCAUUUCCGUCCCCCAGGACAAAAGUCCAAAGUGAUCUACAGUCAGAAGCUCAAGACCUUUGCCAUCAAGCCAGAGGUUGCUCCAGAGCUGAAUGAGAGCAGGAAAAACAACCAUCUUGUAAGCCAUGAAGGAAAAAGCCAGAAUUCUCUAACCAGUCUGCCCCUGGAAAUUUUGCAGUACAUUGCUGGGUUCUUGGACAGCAUCAGCCUGUCCCAGCUCUCCCAGGUAUCUGUGCUGAUGAGGAAUAUCUGUGCCACGCUCUUACAAGAGAGAGGGAUGGUCCUCUUACAAUGGAAGAAGAAGAAAUAUUCCCAUGGAGGCACCUCCUGGAAAGUCCACAGAGAGAUCUGGCAGUUCAGCAGCCUCUUCUCCCAAAUCAAGAGCUGGGAAUUUAAUGAAGUCACCUCCAUGUCCGAGCACCUAAAGGCCUGUCCUUUCAACAUUAGAGAGCACAAGACUGACCCGAUUCGUUUGACCAGCAUGUGUCAGCCCCGCGAGCAGGCCCAAGAGAGCUUAGUCUCCACCUUUAGAACUAGACCACGUGGAAGACACACCUAGAGAUUCAGAUGUCAUCACUCUUGAAUUUUUCCUUGGAGUGAUUGAAAGUAGGACUGAGAAUGGUUUAAGAAAUGCCGGCUGUAAACUACAUAUCUGCUUCAUUGCAUGUAUUGGAACAUAUAAUGUCCUUCAAAACCUCAGCAAUUGUACUAGAUCUAAGAAUUUCCUAAGCGAUGACUUAUAUGAUAGUGCCACAUUGUGACUCCUUUCCUUUCUUUUUCUUUUUUUCUAAAAUAGAUAAAUCCGAGGAGAGAAUAAGUAACUGAGGCCAUCUGGAAAAGGAAUACGAGUCUUUAGGAGGUGAGAGAGCAAUGAAAUUCCAUAACCAACACAAAUCUAUGAUUUUACACGGGGCUUUUUAGUGUAUGAAACUUGCAUAUGGCAGGGCAGACAGUGCAGGGACAGCUACUAGGUACAGAGUUACCUUCCAGGGUGCCUGGGAGGAGGGCACCCAGCUCCAGGGUUCUGCAGCUGGGCCUGUCUUUAAUUGUCAAGUCCAGCGUGUCUUUUGGUUCCCCUGAUGCCUCUAACCUCAAGUAGUCCCAACUCAGUUGGACAGAACAGAACCCCUGGCUGAGCACAGCAGCUGGGAGGACACUGCAGGCCAAAGGGUGAGGACAGUAAAGAAGUCAGAGUCUCUUGUGUACAUUCUUAGCAACCUAUAGAAGGAAAGUCUUAAAAAAUGAGGAAAAGUUCAGAGGAGACUGUAUUUGUGGAGAAAGUUAGGACAAAAAUCACAGCCUACUGUUUAAUGUUUUUGAUAAUGACUCAAAAGUCAAGGUUUUUUUUUUUUUUUUUUCUUUUUUUUUUUUUUUGAGACACAUAGUGUAGGUCUGGGUUAGGGAGAGCAUAGGCAUAGCCCACUGCCACCUCGUGUUUGAAAUGACCUCAAUUCAUGAUGCCAACCUCAGUGUCAUGCCAGGACACACAGGGGAGCCGAGAGACCACACAAUGGGUAAAGUCUAGACAAGACCCACCAUAGUUCCUGUGGUGUUGGUCCAUAGGUACUACACACCACUUGGAUAGUCCACUGGGAGUCUUGGAGAGAAAGACACAUGAACACAAUGGUUCCCUGAAUUGCUCCAAGUUUGCUGGUCAUCCCUCUGGCCUGUCAAAAAGGCUAUUUUUGGUAACACUCCAUGAAUAUUCACAAAACAUAAGUUGAGGGAAAAGUCCACAAUAAACCUGUAUCUCCUAAAGCAGGGUUUCCCAACCUUGGAACUCCUGGCCACUUGGAACCCUGACUAGCUUCACCACUGAGCCACAUCCCCAGUCCCUUUUCAUUUUUUAUUUGAGACAGGGUCUCACUAAGUUGCUGAGACUGACCUUGAACUUGUGAUCCUCCUGCCUCAGCCUCCCGAGAUGCUAGGAUUACAGGUGUGCACCACUGCGCCUGGCUGGAACUACUGACAUUUGAAUUGGAUAAUUCUUUGUCAUAAUGGACUGUCCUAUGUAUUAUAGAAUAUUUAGCAAUAUCCUUGGCCUCUAUUUAUUAAAUACCCCACAGUAGCGCUUACACAGUGAACACCAAAAAUGUCUCCAGAUAUUGCAGAAUGUCCUCUGGGAGCAAAGUGUCUCCAGUUGAGAACCACUAUCCUAAGGAAUAUCAUCGCAGUCACAGUAAUUUAAAAUAUGCUUAUUUUUUAGUAUAACAAAAUCUUGUUUCAUAUAGCCAUCCACAAUGGCCGUGAUUUAAUGCAGCCUUUAUGUAUUUACUAAAUAGGUUUUAGAUGCCAGGUGAUAUUAAAUUGGAAACCAGAUUAAUCCAAUUGCUUAUGGCUUCAUGGCCCUGGGCCACAUGUAAGAAUAUGUGCUUUCUGCUCUGUCCAGGUAUAGCCAGUCAGAAAAGUUACUUGUCUUUUGUUUAUGUCCCUCCUACCUUAAUCAGUGCCAUUUUCCAAGCAGUUCUAGCUGUUCUCAAGCAAGUGAGAAAUAUGGAAAAGGGAGGACAGAACAAAAGGGAAGCAGAGGAAGAACUCACCCAACAAAAGAAAUUGUCUCACAUCCGGGCGCUUGUUUUGACUGGGUCUCCUCAGUUCAGAGCUGUUGUAGAUCACACCUCUGAGAAGUCAAGAUGGCAUAGAGCAAGCCCCAGACCAGAAAUAUGCUCAUCUUUCAUUAUUAUGUGCCACUUGGUACUAUUUGGUAAUGUAAUUUUACUUUUUCUAAUGCUUAUUGUUUGAUUUAUAUUUUACAUUUAUAUAUGCCAUUGUUUUCUAAAAAUACAACUAGAAUGUGAUCUAAGGUUUUAUUCAGUGAAGAUGAAUAACUAGAAGCCAACACUGGACUACAAGGUGGGAAAGAAGGAAUGGAGUUUUCUGGGUAUCAGUUCCAUGUGUUUGGAAUCUGGGCCUUCCUAUGUAGAGGAAUAAAGCUCCCAAAGUCCACUCUGGAUUUCUAAUUAGAAAAAGAGAGAAAGGGGAACAGAUGACAAAGAGUCAGGGGUGUUGGAGGAAUGAGGAGCAAAGGGCCAUAGAGACCAGAAGAAGGCAGAGGGCUUUCCCUCCACAGGGUCGGUGGGCGGGGCACCGGUUCAGGACACGCCCCACUGCUUUGUCGGGCAAUCUCCUCACUUGCUUGCUCCUUUCAGAACAGUACUGAUUUGGUCAACAUCAUCAAGCACAUUUAUACGAUGAUUGUCUAUAUUACAGGAAAACGGGGUACUGCAGGUAUCCCCUGGUUCCUAGAAUCAAACAUGUUUUGGGGGGAGAGGGCAUAGAGAGCAGAAGGGGACAUUUUAAGAGGGGUUGUGGGGAGAAAAAUGAUUUGAUUAGUGAGGUGAAACUAUAGGGAGUAGCAGGAGCAGCGAGUGUCAUCAGAAGAGGCAAGACAGCUAGACAUGGCUUCAGAAUAAGAAGCACUGAGGUGAGUGAAGAGGGCUGUGUCCCAGGAAUAGAGCCUGGACAGGGAGCCGUCUGAGCAGAAACCAUGAUGAGCAUCACAGCUCCCCCAAAGGCGGACCAGAGCAGAGACCAGCUGAACACGGAGGUUGAGGUCUGUAGAACUGGGCCAGAAAGGACUCUCUUUCUUAGCAGCAUAGAGAUCUGGAAAAGAACUUUCUCUUCUUCUGAAGGGAAGAGUGAAAAUGCAAGGUGGAACUUGGAGCUGUAGCAGGAAAUUGCUGUAAAAAUCUGACUUUUGUGUGAAAUCAAAUCAAACUGAAAUGAAGAAUGAUAUUGUGUAUGUGGUGACUUACUGCUAUAUACUGGAAAUCCUCUCGUCUCUACAGGAGGAAAUAAAAGCUGCUUUGCACUCUGAAA